AAAAUUUUCGGGGGAAAACUCUAGUACGGUACAGUACGGAAAAUAUUGGAUUGGUUUUAUCCAUGUCACCUUAAUUACUUUUUAAUAAUUUACCUGUUCACCUGUACCACUGUAGUUACCUGUGAAAUACACGAACAAAACAGAUUUGUAAUGUGGGACUUCUUUAAAUUACGUAGGAGAGCAAGGCGAUUGACACAGGCUAAUGAAAAUUCACUAACAGUUGAAGAUGAAGAAGAAAGUUGUCCGUAUAGUAACAAUGUUACUGGAAGCAGAUCAAUCACGCAACCAUUCUUUAUACCAACACAGCCUAUAUCAGAAUCACCCCCAAAAUGUUUAAGUCGGCUGCCUUGCUCUCAGAUACUGUACGGAGAGAGGGUUGAGGACUUUUCAACAGAUUGUUGGCUUGAAAAUCACCUUCAUCGCUUUGGUUUGCCUUCAAAUAAUCCUCUCAGUAUUACAACUAAUGUGUCAAGAAAUUCUCCACUUUACGAAGAAAAUGAUGACAGCGUCACUGGGAGUAGUGAAUCUGCUAGUAGCUUAAUAGAUUUUUUUGACCUUGACAUCCAAAAUGACUUUGAUUUUACAGAGUCACGGCCUAGACUAGCAUUAGAACAAUUGUUUAUCCCACUUGGGGAAAGCGAUGUUGAUGAACCUUUUGACGGUUGUGAAAUUAUUGAACCUCCACCAUACAGUGAAUUUGAUCCACCUCCAACUUACGAAGAGGCUGUACAGCAUUCUGAAAGACGUAGCACAGGCAAUAGAUCUUCUAGUUCUAAUGGAUCAAGUCUUGCUUUUAUGUGGUAGCAAAAACAACAAAAAAGCAAUUUUAUUGAAU